AUGUGCAUUGAUUACCGGGAGUUGAACAAGCUAACGGUCAAGAACCGUUACCCCUUACCAAGGAUCGAUGAUUUGUUCGAUCAGUUGCAGGGAGCGUCUUGGUUCUCCAAGAUUGAUCUGAGGUCUGGAUAUCAUCGGAUGAGAGUGCGCGAUGAAGAUAUCCAGAAGACGGCGUUCAGGACUCGUUAUGGGCAUUACGAGUUCGUGGUGAUGCCUUUCGGGCUCACCAAUGCACCGGCGGCGUUCAUGGAUCUCAUGAACAGAGUGUAUAGGCCGAUGUUGGAUCAUUCGGUGAUCGUGUUCAUUGAUGAUAUAUUGGUGUAUUCGAGAUCCAGAGAGCAGUAUGAGGAGCAUUUGAGGGAGAUCCUCGGAGUUCUGAGAUCGGAGAGGCUUUACGCCAAAUUCUCUAAGUGCGAUUUCUGGUUACGAGAGGUCCAGUUCCUAGGACACCUCGUCAACCAGAAUAGGAUAUUGGUCGAUCCGGCCAAGAUUGAGGUGGUGAUGAGUUGGGAGGUGCCGAGAUCCCCUUCAGAGAUCAGGAGUUUUCUAGGAUUGGCCGGCUAUUAUCGGAGAUUUAUGAAGGAUUUCUCCAGGAUUGUUGUUCCUCUCACCAGGUUGACCCGGAAGGGCGUGGCUUUUAGUUGGGGCCCAGAGCAGCAGGCCUCAUUCGAGGCACUUCGCCAGAGAUUAUGCGAAGCCCGAGUGUUAGCCCUUCCGGAGGGGAUGGAGGAUGUUGUGGUAUAUUAUGACGCGUCGAUAUCGGGAUUGGGUACGAUGCUGAUGCAGAGAGGGCACGUGAUAGCAUACGCAUCGAGGCAGCUGAAGCCUCAUGAGACGAGGUAUCCUACUCACGAUCUGGAGUUGGGGGCUGUGGUGUUCGCCCUGAAGAUCUGGCGUCACUAUUUGUAUGGGGUUCGGUGUACCAUAUACACAGACCACAAGAACUUGAAGUAUCUGAUGGAUCAGCCCAACCUGAACAUGCGCCAGAGGAGAUGGUUGGAUGUGGUAAAGGAUUAUGAGUGCGAGAUCCUGUACCAUCCGGGCAAGGCUAACGUAGUAGCCGAUGCCUUGAGUCGUAGGGCGGAGAGUGCCCCGAUACGAGAUGUUCGUAUGAGGUUGACGGUGAUGACUCCGGUGCUGGACAUCAUUCGGGAGGCCCAGGUAGAGGCCAUGAGACCGGAGAACCGCAAGAGAGAAUGGGUGAUCGGGCAGGUAUCUGAGUUCAUUGCCGAUAGCCGAGGGCUUAUGACCUUUCAGUGUCGGAUUUGGGUGCCAUUUGAGGGCAGGGCACGUACCAUUCUGAUGGAGGAGGUGCACAGAUCGAGGUUUUCGAUCCAUCCCGGGGCCACUAAGAUGUAUUUGGACCUGAAGAGACACUAUUGGUGGCCCUGUAUGAAGAGGGAUGUUGAAAAGAGCAGAACAUAG